AUGAUCCAGCUGCUGUUCACGCUGCUGGCCGCCGAGGCAGCGCUGGUGCUCGUGCUGCUCUUCCGCACGCCCGCUCGACGCCUCGCGCUGCUCGCCGUGGACUGCAGCAAGCGCGGCCGCGGGCCCCUAAUGGCCAGGACCGUCGCGGCCACCAUGUUCGUCGUGCUCGGCUCCAGCGGCUACAGCAUCGCCAAGAUCCGGCGCCGCGAAGGCGAGUUCGCCCAGCUCACGCCCACAGACCAGGUGCUCGCCAGCCGCCACCUCCUCGAGGCCUCGCUCAUGGCAUCCGCAUCAGCGGUCGAAGAUACCGCCCAUGCCUACGACGUCGGCACUGUCCGCUUAGCUCAACUUCCCCGGCGCCGGCGUUGCACAACUGCCCCGCUGUGCCAUCGGUCAGCUCCAUGGACAGCACGCGGCGUCCGAAGGUGCUACAUCGCAAUCGACGUGGCAGUAGCAGUGACGCAUGGAUACUCUCUGUUUCUUGGGCUAAUUAUUGAUCGACUGCAUCACUAUAUCAGGCAAUUACGGGCGAUGAAGAAAAACAUGGAGGCUGUGACAAAGCAGAGCAGGGUCUUGGAAGAAACAAAACUCGGAGACUCUGAGGAAAUUCAAGGAUAUCAGAAAAAGAUUGACAGUUUGAAUGAACAGGUGCAAGUACUCAAACACCAGUCAGAAUCUCAAACACAGGAGCUAAAAACUGCUGAAAUGAAUAAUUUGGCUUUACAAAAACAAUCUGAAGGUUUGCUUACUGAAUAUGAGCGUCUAAUUGCGGAGAAUGAGGAAUUGAGGAAUAAGCUGCAAACAAUGGACCUCCGCUUCUCCCGUUCUGACAGCAAGAAAAAUACAUAG